GUUGGCCAACCUGGCUGGCAAUUCGUAUGUGUCCAGUUCUGCGCUGGCCAAGAUUUUGGAAAGCGUGAAGCAUAAUCCAGAGCUGUUGAACGAAAGCACCUCUCGCUACACUUUGAAGCGGCGCCGUGAGGAAGAAGUUGUGGUGACUGGUAUUUAUGGUGACCUUGUCAAGGAGAUGCAUUGCACUGGAAAGGACGGAAAUCCUGUCACAAUUUGCUACGCUGACCCUGUUGUGACGGUGGACCAUUUGGCGCGCAUUAGCCCCGCGGCCUGGUGUUCGCCGGUUGAUCAAGCUUGGCAGAUCUGCGUGUACGCGGACGAAGUUCUGCCAGGCAACGUGCUGAGAGCUGUUAGCUCUCGCAAGUGCUGGGCAGUUUACUGGACGUUUCUGCAAUUGGAAGAAGCCCUUGGCAGUGAGCUGUGCUGGAACACCUUUACCGUGGCGACCAGCGAUCAGGUGAAGAGGCUAGAGGACGGGUUGUCCCAGCUGAUGAGGGAGGUGUUUCGGCGGCUCGGAGGAGGAUUCCAGGAUGGAGUGUACAUCGAGGGUGUUGGGAUUCUCAAGGCGGAGCUCCGAUUGAUGAUAUCGGACGAAGGCGCCUUGAAGCAGACCCUGAUGUGCAAGGGGGCUUCUGGAAACAAGUGUUGCAUCAUGUGCCGCAACUGCGUUCUUCAUGCAUCUGAGUUGUGGAAGCAUGGAGAUGGCUUGGUCAGCCAUGUCGAGCACGAGUUCGGCAGGUUUCGUCGACAUAGUGAUGAAACGUUGUGGUCGGUGUGUGACCACCUGGCGGCCAAGAAGCCUCAUCUCAGAAAGGGCGAGUUUGCCCAGUUGGAACAAAGUCUGGGCAUGAACUUUGGAACGCAUGGAUGCUUGUUUGAUCUUGAGUUGAGGAGAACCUGGCGCCCAAUUUCCAUGGUUCAGUGGGACUGGAUGCACUGCCUACUCGUUCAAGGCAUCUUUCAAUUGGAGGUGAACCUUGCGAUGAAGGCAUUGCAUGCGCAUGGGUUCGACAGCACGAACAUCCAUCAGUUCCUGUCAGGUCUGACGUGGCCGAGUCAAUUUGCAACAGAGGCGAAAGCUGCCACAGUGGCAUUCAAGGGAAAGCCUGCUGGCUUCACAGCAUCG